GAGAGGCUGGAAGCACAGAAGGAAAGCUCCCGAAAAGCCGAAUCCAGAAGGUAACUGGUGGGCGUGCCUAUGUUUUGUCCAAUUACAGGGCCAUAGCUUAUUGCAAGUGAGCCAAUCAACAGACAGAAAAGGUUGUAUAUAAGGAGAAGUGGAGUUGAGCGAGAGGUGUGUUUUAUCCUUUCCGGGAAAAAAAGAAAGACAGAAAAUCUGCGAUGGCUGAAGCCGCCGAAUCCGCGCCCGCUCCUCCCCCGGCUGAGCCCGCGGCCAAGAAAAAGAAGCAGCAGCCCAAGAAAGCAGCAGCAGCAGCGGGGGCCGCUAAAUCCAAGAAGCCCUCGUCUGGACCCAGUGUGUCCGAGCAGAUCGUCACAGCCGUGUCCGCUUCCAAGGAACGCAGCGGGGUGUCUCUGGCAGCGCUCAAGAAGACUCUGGCUGCGGGAGGCUACGAUGUGGACAAGAACAACAGCCGCCUCAAGCUGGCUCUCAAGGCUCUGGUCACCAAGGAGACCCUGCUCCAAGUCAAAGGCAGCGGAGCCUCCGGUUCCUUCAAGCUCAACAAGAAGCAGCUGCAGAGCAAGGACAAGGCCGCCGCCAAAAAGAAGGCGCCGCUAGCGGCCAAAGCCAAGAAGCCAGCGGCAGCAGCCAAGAAGCCAGCCAAGUCCCCGAAGAAGCCCAAGAAGGUCUCGCCAGCCGCCAAGAGCCCAAAGAAGCUCAAGAAACCCGCAAAGGCCGCCAAGAGUCCCGCUAAAAAGCCCAAAGCCGCCAAGCCCAAGAAGGCCACCAAGAGUCCCGCUAAAAAGACCGCCGUCAAGCCCAAAACUGCUGCUGCUGCCGCCAAAAGCCCCGCAAAGGCCAAAGUGGCCAAAGCCAAGAAAGCCGCCCCCAAGAAGAAAUGAGCAGCUCGCUCGCUCGCUCGCUCACUAGUGGCCCAUUCAACCAAAGGCUCUUUUAAGAGCCACCACAUCCCCCUAAAAGAGCAGCUUGUUGUCAUACAGCGACUCUCCUCUGCGUCUGCCUACCUAAUACUUUCUUACUAACACCAGUAUCAAUCCGGCUCCAUGUCGUAGUCGUACUAGUCGUAGUAGUAGUCGUAGUCGUACUAGUCGUAGUAGUCGUCGUCUGGUGCCACAUGUCGCUCUUAACCAGCUCAGACACUGGACGGAGCUUAUUGAGUUCUAGGAGAGUCUCUUCUCCGUUAACAAUCUGACGUUAGGCUCUCGUUGUCAGGAAGCGUCUUUGAGGACAAACCUGCAAUGAAUUACACGCACUGCUGGUGCACUUGUUGCCACUUCUAUCCUGUACUGCGAGGAAUGUUGCGGAAAUGUCCCAGUGUAUGGAACAAUGUGGCAAAGUGCUACUGAAAUCUUGAGAGAAGUAACCAACGGGUGAAAGAGGCAGGAUAACAAAAGAGCUCAGCUGAGAGCCUCAUUGGGGUGCCGCUGGGAAGGGAAGGGAAGGGGCUGCAAGUGGUAAACGAGAAAGGAGGAGACGGAGCGAUUUGCUUUUGCCGCAAAGGUUGAUAAAUCAAUGAAAACCUCAAGAAAGCCUACUAUCCCGGCGGAGGCGAUUAGGUCGUAUAAGAUUUCAUGGCGGAAUGCCGGAGAGAAAGCGAUAUGUUACCGGCCUGUAACCAGUUGAACGCUGUCAUUUUUGGCGGGCUCUUCAAAAUAAGCAGCCGUGUUGCGUUCCUAUUCUCAUGCUGCCAGCCAAUGGGAAAGGGGGUGGUGUUUCCGUUCUUGCGGUUCCCUAUCAGGUCGUGCCAUUCUGUAUAUGAAGGAGGACGAGAGCGUGGCCCUGCAUACUUCAAAGCAAUCUUUGAGCGUACAAUCAUGUCUGGAAGAGGCAAGGGCGGAAAGGGUCUGGGCAAAGGAGGCGCCAAGCGCCACAGGAAGGUGCUGCGGGAUAACAUCCAGGGCAUCACCAAGCCCGCCAUCCGCCGCCUGGCACGCAGAGGGGGAGUCAAGCGCAUCUCCGGCCUCAUCUACGAGGAGACUCGCGGGGUGCUGAAAGUUUUCCUGGAGAACGUUAUCCGCGACGCGGUCACCUACACCGAGCACGCCAAGAGGAAGACCGUUACCGCUAUGGAUGUGGUGUAUGCUCUGAAGCGCCAGGGACGCACUCUGUACGGAUUCGGAGGUUAAAGGCUCGCUUCGUUUUUUUCUGUUUUUCCCCCCUCAUCAAAAUAACGGCCCUUUUAAGGGCCACC